AUGUCUUGCCUGAAGCAAACAAUCAAGCAGCAGCACAAGCUCAUUAACGCUGUCCUUACUAGCAUUGACUCGUUAAAGAUGGCGCAAGAGAGAUCCAAAUCCCCAAUAUUAAAAGACGCCAUCGAGCUGGUCGUGGGGGCGGUGGAGGCUCUCGUCCCAAACAGAAACGCACUUCACGGUGCGUUUUAUGAGGCAGAGAAAGCCGCCAUAGCGAGCCUGGGGGGCAGUGCUCCUACCAACCAGAAUGCAGCCAGUCUUCAAAACCAGGAAGCCAUUCUUAAGAUUUGCGACGAGUUAAAGACGUGCUUAUCUCAGCAACAGGAGGAGAUUAACGCACUUCAGAGCGCACAGGCUGGGCCCACGUAUCCUGCUCAGGCCAACGCACACAGGCCCGCACAACGAGCCCCUAGCUCUGCGGACGGAACACAAGGAUCUUCCAACAAGAUGCCAAGUGUCCUCUCCCGGGCCCCUACCAACUUCAAGCCUCACCCCGACAACACCCCUGUCGAGCCCUGGGUGGCCGUAGAGCGCAAAAGAAAAAAUCAAAACAAAAACCCUGAAAGAGUUCCACGGGCUGCAGAUGGCAAAACCUCCAGGAAACGCGGAAGACCUCCUCCCCCUGACGCAAUAGCCGUCAAACCCAACGAAGGCGAAACAUUCGCCGACAUUCUUAGGUCGGUCAGGAAAGACGUGGACGUGGAAAAGACAGGUGCCCACAUUACCUCCAUCGCAGAAAGCAGCAAAGGCGAAGUGCUCAUCAGAGUGACUCGAGGGGAAAGUAAGAGGUCUGAUCUCGAGUCAGCCAUCAGAAACGCCUUAGGGACACGUGCCUCUGUACGCGGUCUAGUCAGGCAUGACAACCUGGACAUUACUCGGCUGGACGGGGUCACUACUGAAGCCGAGAUCACUGAAGCCCUCAAGGACGCCGCGGCACUCCCACCAAACGAUGACUCAGUCAGAAUCCGAAACGUCAGACCUGCCCCUGGCGGCAUAAGGAGAGCGACUGUCUCCAUGAGAAGCGUCGACGCCAUCAAAAUUGCCAAAGGAGGACGCGUCAAAAUACUACUAGUAUGGGCAACAGUCCGCCUCCUAGAGAAACCGACCAGGUGUUUUGGAUGCCUGGGUUUUGGCCACACAAGGUCCAAAUGCACUGGUGCGGACCGCACCGAGGCCUGCAGCCGCUGUUCGAAAGCCGGGCACAGAGCGGCAGACUGCAGUAACCCUCCCAUGUUCAUCUCCUGCGCAGACCUAGGUGCUCCCGUGGACCAUUUCCCCGGAAGCAACAAAUGCACUUCUCUUAAAAAUUCCAAACACCGCAGCGAGACGGCCUCCAGCAGCAGCCGUACGCUCACUAAUCAGCAACAAUGA